CGGGGGAAGGGAGAGUGCGGCACACCGCGGGGCCGUGGUAACGAGGCGGAUGGACAUGGACGGCCUGAGAGGAGCGAGCCGGGGUUGGGGAGUCAACGAAACGGAGGGAUUGAGAGGGUCGAGCCGGGCCUGGGGCUCCACAGAGUCGGAGAGCCUACGAGGUGGAUCGGAAUGGCUGAACACCGGAAGCAACAGCAAUUGGAGCACCAGGGAUAACUGGAAAUCAGGUAUGAUGAGUGGUGACUAUGAGCGUAGCUCUUAUGGGAGCUCCAGGUCUUUCCUGGAAUCUUACCCAAGUAGGAGUGAGAGGUUUGGACCUUAUGAGUCGCAUGACUCCAGGUCUGCUCUGGAUGGCCGUGAUCUGUAUAGAUCUGGCUACGAUUUACAUGAACCAGGACGAAGUCGCUUUGGGGAUAGCUAUCCUGAUCGAUCCGAGAGCUCCUACAGGAAUUUCGGUGAUCAAUACCUUGACCCUUAUGAAGGUAGAAGCCAGAGCCGAUUAUAUGAUAAUGGCAGGUCUAACUGGGAUGACACCUACACACAUUCAAGUUCAAUGCCUAGGGUGUGGGCUGAUACGGAAACAGGAACAGGAAGAGGAAGUUACUCUUCCUACAGCAGCUUUUCUUCACUCCUUUCGAAGCCUUCAUCUGUAGGCUCUCGGGGGAGGGGAAUGCUUGCUUAUACUGGCAACGAGUAUGGAGGCGGAUCCCUUUCGAUUCUGGGAGGACAAGGAGGAGGCAGAGGUCGAGGCAGAGAACUAUCAGACUUAGAUAUGUUCUCAAGAGCUGGGAGUGGCCUGUCAUACAACCGAGGUGGGUUUUCAUCAAAUGUUGGAAGAGGCAUGAAAAGGAAAGGGGCACAAGCCAACAAAGCUGCAAUAAAGAAACAGAAAGUAGCAGCUGCUGAAAAAGCUCUAAAAGCAGCUGUGGCCAAGGCUCAGGCUAGCAGUGCUGCGACCAAGACAUCAAAGGCUCAGCAUACUGCAACAAAUGUGGUUCAGAAUCGAGAAACAAAGGAUGAAGAUUUUACGAAGGAUGCAUAUGAACCAGAUGCAUAUGAAUGCUUUGACAAAAAUGAAGGUAAAAAGAAAACUGAGAAUGAAGAUGAAGAGGAGAAAAAAAAACUUGAGGCAAGAAGGGAGAAGCAGCGGCGUAGACGUGAGAAGAAUACUGAAAAAUAUGGAGAGGAUUACCGGAAUGCAUUUACAUGCUCCCUUUGUAAAUUCCGAACCACAGAGGAACAAGAAAUUGAGGCUCACCUUGAAACUCCUUACCAUAAGGAAACUCUUGAGUUCAUUGGAAAGAACAUUCAGUUUGAAAAAGGAGCUGCUGACUUUCUUCAUGCAUCAAUGGUCAACAAGAAUAAAAAGAUUGCUGCUCGUAAACAGCUGCAACAACAAGAGCAAAAGGAGCCAGCACAGAAACUCACAAAGGAUGUUUUGAUGGGAGUUGCUCCAGAUGACCAAAUGAAAAGAGUUGAAGCCGUUCAGUGUGCAGUCUGCAAUACCUAUAUUCCUUUCCUAUUUCACUCUGUACAGCAGCAUCUGAAGUCCAAUGAACAUACCAAUAGCAAGAAGAAUUACCAUGACCAGGUCAGAAGGGAAAGUCUCCUCACGGCCAGCAGCAUGCUCAACAACCCAACCGUAAAGGCCAAAUUUGACAUGUUCUUAAAGGGUGAAAAUCCUUUUGAAAAUCCGCAGGAGCAGCAGCAGCAACAACAACAACAACAAAAGCUGCCAGAUCAAGCAGCAGAGGAAGCACCAGAACAAGAUGAAACCAAGACUUCUAUGGAGGAAGGAGAAAAUGAACCAAUUAACCAGUAGCGACUUCAGAAUGGGCAUGUAAUAAUUUGAUCAAUUCUGAACCUGUAAAAAUGCAGCAGUAAUGAGGAAAAAACGUUUGCUUUGCUAAUCUUCUAAAGCACUGGUGUGGUGGUUUAAUAUUCAUUGGCUGAUUGUAACCAAAAUGCUUUUUCUGCAAUCUGUGUAUUAGUGUUUUCUGUUAACAAAAUAGUGAUAGUUUUCCAUGAAUAACCAUGUAUUAAUAGAGAAAAUGUUAACUGCUCUAAAUACUAAAGAAAUGUUAAGACUGAGCAAUGAAUGACUUGGUCAAAAAUGAGCAGAUGUAAUAGAAUGAGAAAGUGUUCAAUGGGCCCUUUGAGUUUGCAAAUACUGAAUAAUCUUCAUUAAUGUCUUUUUUAAAAAAAAUCUUUUUAUGCAUCUUAGUGUGUAUGUUGUUUAGAACUUUGUAGUGUUCAGUAACCCAGCGCUUCUUUGUUGCAUUGUUUAGAAAGGUAAGGAAAUACUGUAAUUUUUCUUGGACCUUUAUAUUGGAAAUAUUAGAAUACAGUUGUGACUAGUUUGAUAAGCGACUACUGGUUCGUAUUGAAAGGUUUUGCUUGUUUACCUGUAUUGUAAAGUCAAAGCCUGACUUCUUCAUCCUUUCAUUGAUGUUAUCCUAUGUAUACCUUUAUACGCUACUAAUAGCAAUAAAGAAUUUUAGAUAUGUAA